UAAAAAGGCAUGGAAAUCUAGAAGUAGACGAUUUGGUUAAAAAACAACGGACUCGGCGCCGUGCCUGACAUCCGCAAAAGAAUCGUCUCAUUUUAAACUUAAUUAUCUUCAAGUCCAUAGCUAAGAUAAUAUAAAAGGACAAAAAUGAAGCUCAGUGAUAUUCUGAAUGAAAAGUCCAGUUUGUGGAUAUUUGGGUAUGGGUCGCUUGUUUGGAGACCGGACUUCAAAUACAGUAGCAGCAAAGUUGGCUACGUUAAGGGAUACAGCAGGCGAUUCUGGCACGGAGACAACUUCCAUCGGGGCACCGACCAAAUGCUUGGCCGUGUGGUGACUCUGGUGGAAGACAAUGAUGCUUGCACAUGGGGAGUCGCCUACGAGGUGCGAGGGCAGGAGAUCGAAGAGUCCCUCAAGUACCUGAACAUCCGAGAGAACGUAAUGGGCGGCUACGAGACCAAACUCAUUGAGUUCAAGCCUCGUGAAGAAGACGGGUCAGUCCUGGCGCUGGUUUACAUUGCCACCUCGGACAACCCCAUUUACCUCGGGCCGGCCAGCUCGGAGGAGAUCGCCGUGCAGAUUGCGGUGUCAAGUGGCAAAUCUGGACACAACAUCGAGUACCUCCUGCGGCUGGCAGAAUUUAUGAGACUGGCCUGUCCGGAGGUUCACGAUGAGCAUUUGUUUGCCAUUGAAGCUGCAACGUUGUCACUGUUGCCCUUUUUAAUCGGGUGAGAUAUUUGGGAGCGAGAACUGUAAAAAUAUUCCAUAGUAGUCGUUGAGACGGUACAAGUCACCCGGUGAACUGCAUCACCGUCGUUUCUGUUACACGCCGUGUGCACCCUUCACAUUUCAUGUAACCUCCUGGCCUUUUCAAGUACUGUACAAAAGCUCGGUUAUGGUGCUCACAUACUAAUUCAUUAUUCUGUAACUUAGGGACCGUGCAAUAGGAUUUCUUCUUUUCUCUCUGACGGAAGAAUCUCUUCCAGGACUUAAUGUAGUCCUUCCCUACUGUAAUGUGUCAUAUCUUUUAUUUUUGUGCCAAACGUUCCUUUAAUGUAUUGUAUUAUGUGUACAGAUGGACACUAUUUGAGGAUAACGUGUCAUGGAGGUUGAGGCUGGUUGGGAAAUGCUGCUAGUUCUUUUGAAGGUACCACUUAAAACCAACCGUUGGAAAAAGUUGUCUGGUACUGUUUAUUCCUUUGUUGUGAAAGGAAGAUUUGAAUUAUAUGUUUACAUUAUAUGUAAAAGUCACAAAGAAAUAAACUAUAAAACAAGAAGUGUUUAUUUAUAAUUGGUAA